AUGGUGCUCGACACCCCCGAAGAGCUCGGCACUCUUGAGAACGAGAAGGAACAGGUUAUCGAUAUCAACCCAGACGGCCUAGAGAACGGUACUGAGCACAGGGAAAAUGUCAUUCUAGCAACCGACCAUGAGGCCAUGAGGGACCUGGUAUUGCCUCCUAUAUUGGAAGAGCCUAGAAUACUAGAAGACGUCGUGUCCACCUGGCACAUCGAGGACUGGAGGGCUUUCCAAGCCAAGAAGGAGCAUGGCCCUGUAUUCCAGGCUGGCGGUUUUCCAUGGCGUAUUCUGCUCUUCCCAUAUGGCAACAACGUCGACCAAUGCUCCAUCUACUUAGAGCACGGCUUCGAAGAUCCCAGCACAAUCCCCGACGAUUGGAGCUGCUGUGUGCAAUUCGGCUUGGUCAUGUCCAAUGUUAACGACCCCUCCCUCUACGUCCACCACCAAGCGCAUCAUCGUUUCACCAAGGAAGAGAGCGAUUGGGGCUUCACAAGAUUUCUUGAACUGCGUCGAAUGUUUAAUGCCGAUUUCGAGGGCUCGGGGCGCCCACUUGCCGAAGGCGACUCCGUCAUCCUCACAGCUUAUGUUCGAAUUGUUGAAGACGAAACUGGUGUGUUGUGGCAUAACUUCAACAACUACGACUCCAAGAAGGAGACCGGCUACGUUGGUCUCAAGAACCAAGGCGCCACCUGCUACCUCAACUCCCUCCUGCAAUCCUUGUACUUUACCAAUGCCUUCCGAAAGGCUGUUUACCAGAUACCCACCAUAGACGACGAGAGCAUUACAAACAGCGUGUACACCCUACAGAGACUAUUCUAUCAGCUACAGACAUCGAAUAAUGCUGUUGGAACAAACGAACUGACCAAGUCUUUUGGAUGGGACACGCGACACAUUUUCGAACAACAAGACGUGCAGGAGUUGUCCCGGAAACUGAUCGAGCGGAUGGAAGAGCGCAUGAAGGGCACCGCUGCUGAGGAUGCUCUUCCCAAGAUGCUUAGCGGCAAAGUCAAGACGUACGUUUCUUGCAUAAACGUUGAUUACGAGUCCAGUCGGGUUGAGGAUUUCUGGGAUAUCCAGUUGAAUGUGCGUGGCAAUCCAACACUCGAGGACAGUUUCAAGGACUAUAUUCAGCAGGAAACCCUCGACGGCGACAACAAGUACUGGGCUGGUGAUGAGUUCAAGUAUCAGGAUGCACACAAGGGCGUCAUUUUCCAAAGCUUUCCCGAAGUUCUUCAUCUGCACCUGAAGCGGUUCGAGUAUGACAUCCAGCGUGAUGCCAUGAUGAAGGUCAACGAUCGUUUCGAGUUCCCUGAGAGAUUCGAUGCCGCACCCUUCCUUGAAAAGGGGGCUGAUCUGUCCGAGCCUUGGACCUAUAAGCUCCAUGGCGUGCUUGUCCAUAGCGGAGAUCUUAAUGCGGGUCACUAUUAUGCAUUUCUGAAGCCUAACCAGGACGGUUGGUUUUAUCGGUUCGAUGACGAUAAGGUUACAAAGGCCACCAUCCGUGAGACAUUGGAGGAGAACUACGGCGGCGAGUAUCGCACCUCGCAGGGCCCCUACCGCACACCAACGUCAAAGAAGCCUGUGAUGCGUCAGAUGAACGCAUACAUGCUGGUCUACAUCAGAGAAUCACGGUUGGACCAGGUCUUAACUCCUGUUGCUCAAGAUGACACCCCCGCACACCUGCGCCAAAGACUCGAAGAAGAGGCUGCAGUGCGCAAAGCUAGACAAAAGGAACGCGAGGAACAGCACCUUUAUCUUCCUGUCAAGGCUGUGACCCCCGAGACUUUCAAGAAUCAUGGAGCAACAGAUCUGACCAAUUUUGAUGGCGAUUCAAAGGAGGAUGCUGCAGCACCAAGGUUUUACAAGACGCUGAGGAAAGACACGAUGAAGCAACUUCUGGAGACCAUUGCUCAGGAUAUCGGUCAAGACCCGCGUAAAGUUCGCUUAUGGAUCAUGGUUAAUCGACAGAACAAGACAACGAGACCCGACCAGCCCAUUAUGGAUUUGAAGCCAACUGUCGAGGAGACGUUUGCGCGAUCGGCCAGCACCAGUCGCGACGCUUCUUUGCGAGUCUGGGUCGAGGUCGCGGAGGAAGUUGACGAUCAAGGUGAGGCCGUCUGGCCGACCUACCAAGUGCAAUCAGAUAAGCCCAACGGCAAUGGCGUUGUAGUGAAGACUGACCUUAUCCUGCUAUUCCUAAAGUACUUUGAUCACGAGAAGCAGACUUUGCAAGGUGUAGGCCACAUAUACGUCAGCAAAGAGAAGAAGGUCGAAGAGUUGGUUCCCAUCAUCUCAAAGAAGAUGGAGUGGGGCGACAAACUUCCGUCAGGCGAACAAAUAGCUAUGUGGGAGGAGAUCAAGCCGCAAAUGAUUGAGCAGCUCAAGCCGCGGCAGACGUUGAAAGCUGCCGAGCUUCAGGAUGGUGAUAUCAUCUGUUUCCAGCGUGUGCCGGAGCGCAAGGCUGGUGAAGCCUUGGCUGGUCUGGCCAAGAUUCCAAGAGCUAGCGAGAAGCCGGCGAAUGGCACGUUAAAGAAGUGGGAUCACUUCGAUGAUGCUCGCGAGUACUACGAUUUCCUCGUAUGGAAGAAGGAUGUCCGAUUCUGGCCGCAUCCUCGAUGUGACAAGGAGUACGAAAGCUUCAUCUUGACUAUGCCUAGCAAGAUCAACUAUGACCAGCUCUCGGAACGCGUUGGAGAACAACUGAACGUCGAUCCAACGCAUCUUAGGUUCUUCACGAUCAACGCAGCCAAUGGGAACCCUAAAACCCCUGUCAGGAGAGCCGGGCAACAGAAUCUUGCUCAGAUCCUCAGCUCGGCAAGCAACCAUCCUGCCAAUGCUCAAGUGAAACCGGACACGCUCUACUUUGAGGUGUUAGAUAUGAGUCUUGCAGAAUUGGAUACAAAGAAGAGUGUCAAGGUCACCUGGUUGGCGGAAGGGAUCUCCAAGCUUGAUACCUACGAUGUCCUUGUCAAUAAGGCUGGCCAUAUCGAGGAUCUAAUUCAGGCACUGGUCAAGAAGGCCCAGCUUAAGGAUGAGCAGGAAGGCGGACGCAUCCGUGUCUAUGAAAUCCACCAUAACAAACUGUUCCGCGAACUCACACCAACCUAUCCUGUUCUGAGUAUCAAUGAAUACUGCGACGUGGUAGCGGAACGGGUGCCCGAGGAAGAGCUUGACGCUGAGGAACGCGAUUUCAUCAAAGUCCAGCACUUCCAGCAAGAUACCAGUCGCACACAUGGCAUGCCGUUCAAGUUUCUUCUCAAAGAGGGUGAACCGUUUUCGGAAACAAAGAAACGCUUGGAACAGCGAACAGGUAUCAAGGGCAAGGCUUUUGAGAAGAUCAAGUUUGCCCUGAUCAGAAGAUUUGGCAAGCCCACCUAUUUGAACGAUGAUGAUAUUCUUUUCGAAGAAGCCGGUGCUGACGAAGAUGUCGCACUCGGGUUGGACCACGUUGAUCGUACAAGGACGAUACGAAAUGGACAGGAAAUGUUCCUCAAGUAG